GUGCGACUUUUCUAUCUCGCCGUUCUGCUUCUCCUCUUUCCUUGCGACUCCUGGUCGGCGACUCCUCUUCUGGUCACGGCGGCAGCUUCUUUCCCUCCCUCUCCCUCUGCCGACGGCUCUAGAUCUCCAUCUCCGUAAAAAAAUGACCGGACUAGAAGAUUACCGGACUAGAAGAUGACCUUCACUAUUCAUUAUAUUCUGAAGCCAAAACAAUGUCGUAUGACGAUGUGGAGAUCGAAGAUAUGGAGUGGAAUGAGGAGCUACAGGCUUACACGUACCCGUGCCCGUGUGGAGACUUGUUCCAGAUCACCAAGGAGGACCUGAAAUUGGGGGAAGAGAUUGCUCGGUGCCCUAGCUGUACACUCUACAUCACUGUCGUUUACAACAUUGAAGACUUCAUGGAUAAGAAACCUACAAAGCCCUUAGAGACCUCCAAGCAGCAAUCCGUCACCGUCGCUUAGGAUUUCCAGAUAGCCUUGUGUGGUGGCGGCCUAGUGGUGGAAGGAUUCUUCCCAAGUUUUGUUAGAUUUAGACUCAAUAUUAGGUACGCAAUGUCUACUCAAGUAAAGUUUGUAUUCACCAACUAACGGAAUUGGAUUCCAAUACUGAGGGUAUCAUUACUGAGCUUAGCCUUUUUGUCCGACAUAUCUUUUACUAUAUACACUUAGUCACUGUCUGCAAAUGGUUUGGGUUCCAAAUGAAGAUGAAAUUGUAAGGAACUAGUUAUCCUUGCUGAACCUUUUCA